AUGUUUCCUUCAAAACUUCGGUUUCUGAAAAAAGUUGAUGUUUGUGUGAUUGGCGGUGGUCCUGCAGGGAUAGCUGCUGCCUUACGUGCCACUGACUUUGGAAAAAAGUCCUGCCUUAUCGAAAAUUCAAGGGUUGGUGGUGCAGACUUAUGGAAUGGUGCUCUUCAGUCUAAAACGCUAUGGGAAAUGGCGAAUUUUGCUCAGUAUAUGAGAGGUUCACAUAAUGUCUUUCAUCUAACGAAAGACAUGCCACCAAUUGAAUUUAAUCGUGUGUCUUCUUGUUUGCAAGAUGCGGCUGAAAAACGUGAGUCACAAAUUCUUCAUCAACUUAAAGCCUCAGGUGUCGAUACUCUCUUUGGCUUCGGCUCGUUCGAAACUCCGAACACAGUUCGUGUCAAUUUCCCCAACGGAGAAACAGAAAUUGUGGAGUCAGAUCAUUUUGUUAUUGCAACCGGUGCGCAGCCACGUCCACACCCGAUGGUCGCGGCAGAUGGCAAAGUGGUUUUUACCUCGGACGAUAUCAUGCUGAAUCCAUUUCCCAAGAGCGUUGUUGUUAUUGGUGCAGGUGUUAUUGGUUGUGAAUUCGCCACCAUUUUUGCGAAAUUCAACAUGACAAAAGUAAAUUUGAUUGAAAAAAGUAAUCGCAUUUUGCCUAUGGAAGAUGACGAUGUUUCUUUCUGUGUGCAAAGUAUGCUUGAGAAGAGAGGUGUAAAUUUUCAUCAUAAUUCCCAAAUGGUGGAUUGCAAGGUAAGCGAUGGCCGCUUCCAUUAUGUUCUUCGUGAUGUGAAAAAUGGAACUGAAACGGAGCACGCUGUGGAUGCCGCCCUCGUUUCUAUUGGCCGUGUUCCAAGCGUUUCUAGGUUAAACUUGGAAAAAAUCGGAGUCAAAUUGGAGGGGGGGAGAAUUGAACGGGACAAAUUCCUUCGUGUGAAACCACACAAACAUAUUUAUGCAUGCGGAGAUGCUGCCACUCGAGUGGCUCUCGUAAAUGUGGGUGAACUUGAGGCUCAGGGUUGCGUGAACCAUAUGUAUAAACCUUAUCCAGAGGAUCAGCUUAUAGGCGGUCUCGAUAACUUAUCUACUAUUAUGUUUUUGGAUCAAGAAGUGGCAGCUGUGGGGUUAAAUGAGCAGCAGUGCCAAAAAAUGAAUAUUUCUUAUAAAAUGGCACGGUACGGUUAUAAAUUUGUCGGUCGAGCUUUGGCUAUGGGAAGCGAUCAGGGAUUUGUUAAGUUGAUUGUUACAAAUGACGAAAAAAUGCAAGUUCUGGGUGUACGCGCAAUUUCCCCUCAUGCCAGCAGCAUUAUUGAACUUGCUUCUCUUGCUAUACACAAUAAGGAGCCAGCCUACGCUUUGAGUGAGCUCCGCACCGCUUAUCCUUCUGUAACACAAGGAUUUAAGGAAUGUGUAAAUAUGCUUCUCGGUGUCUCUACGCUGAAACCAAAUGUGUUUCCCGAGCUUGUCCUGAAAGAGUGGAAUCCACCAAAUUUUGAGAGGGGGCGUGCAUAUCAAAAGCAAUCUGUCUAA